CUUCAAGCCAUCUCAUAAACUACACACAUAUAAAAAUAUUCUCAUUCUCCUUUACUCCACAAACAUAACAACUUAUUCAAAUUACUAACAUGUCUGGAGUUUGGGUAUUCAAGAAUGGCGUAGUCCGCCUAGUUGAGAACACUGGCGACUUCCAAGGGGCAAAUGGUCGCCGGAAAGUUCUUGUACACCUUCCAAGUGAUGAAGUCAUCACAUCAUAUGCAGUACUUGAAAGGAAGUUGUACUCUCUUGGAUGGGAGAGGUACUAUGAUGAACCUGAACUCCUUCAAUAUCACAAAAGAUCCACUGUUCAUCUUAUUUCUCUACCAAAGGAUUUCAACAAGUUCAAGUCCAUGCACAUGUUUGAUAUUGUCGUCAAGAAUCGCAAUGAAUUCGAGGUUAGAGACAUGUAAAAUAAAAAAGGAAAAAAAAGGGGGAAGUGGUUUAUUUGAAUGUGUCCUUUGGGUUAUUUUCAAUUCUAUCUUGGGGGUAAUUGUUCAGUGUGUUGUAAUUAAUGUUUUUAUGUUUAAUUUGUGAUUUGUUUCACAAUGCUGCAAAGUUGUCAUGAAAAAAUGUUGUAUAUGUAAAGGCUGAUUUAAAGUCAUGACUCUUUCAUUAAGCUUAAAAUCUACGUACUUAUAGUAUAUAAACAAUAUCUAUAUUAUUAA